AAGGAAACGGAAAAAGACGUAAAAACUGGACACAUGUACCUUUGCCUGUCCGUCCGUUUCUCCUUCCUCUUCACACUUCUAUCUGUCUCUUUAGUGCCAUAGAGACAAAGAUUCCUUAAGCGGCUUCCAACAGUUUUCACUCUCAGUAACCAUUCCAGGAAUUCCAAUUUUCAAUUCAAUUCUCUGAAAUCUCUUGUUUUUCUUUUUAGGGUUUAUAUCCAUGUAAUGACCAUCAUUUCAAUGCUGAAAUGGUUCCUACUACUUUAUCAUCUCUUGUUUUUUUCUUUCUUUUCUAUGUUUUCAUACCCAUAAACCCUUGUUUAACUUUUACUGAUACUAACGAUGAAUUUUCGAUCAUCACCUCUGAUAUCGUUUCCUUUCAUGGAGAUUAUACUCCUCCGUCGCCCCCACCGCCUGCCCCUCCACCUCACCCUCCGUCGGUGUCUUGCCAGGGGGAUCUCGGAGGAAUUGGCUCUCUUGAUACUGUUUGUAAGCUGGAAUGGAGCUUGAAUUUUACUGAUGAUGUAUAUAUAGAAGGAAACGGCACCUUAGAUAUACUUCCUGGUGUCGUUUUGAGCUGUCCUUUUGGAGGCUGUUCCAUUCUGAUUAAUAUGACUAAGGAUUUCAGCUUAGGCCAAAACGCUACGAUAAUAGCGGGAACUGUUGCGGUGACUGCUUAUAAUGUGAGCUUAGGUGAGGGUUCGGUGAUAAAUGUGACUGGUUUGGCAGGUGAUCCUCCGGCUCAGACCAGUGGGACACCAUCGGGGGUGCAGGGGGCGGGCGGAGGCCAUGGGGGGAGAGGAGCGAGUUGUGUUUCGGAUAAUACGAAAUUGCCGGACGAUGUUUGGGGAGGGGAUGCGUAUUCUUGGUCGAAUUUGCAUGACCCGUGGAGUUAUGGUAGCAAAGGAGGGACCACGAGUAAGGAAGAUAAUUACGGUGGGGAAGGGGGUGGGAGGAUUGGCUUUGACGUGAUCAGCUCGAUUGACGUUGGAGGGAGUUUGUUGGCGGAUGGUGGUGAUGGUGGCGUCAAGGGUGGUGGCGGGUCCGGUGGUAGCAUUAAUAUCAAGGCUCACAGAAUGACUGGAACUGGUAAGCUAAGUGCUUCGGGGGGUAAUGGAUUUGCUGGUGGUGGUGGUGGGAGAGUUGCUAUUAAUGUUUUUAGCAGGCAUGAUGAUACAGACUUCUUUGUUCAUGGGGGAAGGAGUUUUGGUUGUACUGGAAACUCGGGUGCUGCAGGGACAUAUUAUGAUGCUGUUCCUCGGAGUCUUAUUGUUAGCAAUAAUGACAUGUCCACCAGCACUGACACACUUUUGUUGGAGUUUCCUAAACAGCCACUUUGGACAAAUGUUUAUAUUCAGAAUCAUGCCAAGGCUUCCGUUCCAUUGUUUUGGAGCAGGGUUCAGGUUCAAGGCCAAAUAAGUUUAUCAAGUGGUGCAGUUUUGAGCUUUGGCCUUGCACAUUAUGCCUCAUCAGCGUUUGAGUUGAUGGCAGAAGAACUUCUAAUGAGCGACUCUGUUGUUAAGAUAUAUGGAGCUCUUCGAAUGUCUGUCAAAAUACAUUUGAUGUGGAAUUCCAAAAUGCUUAUAGAUGGAGGUGGUGAUGCAAUUGUAGCAACAUCUUUGCUUGAGGCUAGCAAUUUAGUUGUUCUCAAGGAAUCCUCUGUGAUACAUUCUAAUGCAAAUUUGGGAGUUCAUGGGCAAGGCUUUUUGAAUUUGUCUGGACCGGGAGAUAUGAUUGAAUCACAACGCUUGAUUUUAUCGUUAUUCUUCAGUAUAAAUGUUGGACCCGGUUCUGUUCUUCGAGGUCCCUUGGAGAAUGCUAGUGAUAAUGAUAUGGCCCCACAGCUCUACUGUGAUCUUCAAGACUGCCCCAUGGAGCUAAUUCAUCCUCCUGAAGAUUGUAACGUGAACUCUUCACUGUCGUUCACUCUUCAGAUCUGUCGAGUUGAAGAUGUUAUUGUUGAAGGCAUGAUAACAGGAUCUGUUGUUCAUUUUCACUGGGUUCGAAAUGUAGUUGUCCAGUCUUCUGGGGCAAUUAGUGCAUCUGGUCUUGGCUGUGCAGGUGGGUUGGGCAAAGGAAAAGUCUCUGACAAUGGUUUUGGUGGGGGUGCUGGGCAUGGUGGCAAAGGUGGUGAUGGAUAUUACAAUGGCACUUAUGUAGAGGGUGGUGUGGCAUAUGGGGAUGCUGGAUUGCCUUGUGAACUAGGUAGUGGUAGCGGAAAUGGUACUCUAUCAGGGGCAAUUGCAGGUGGUGGUAUAAUAGUGAUGGGUUCUGUGGAGCAUGCACUGUCUAGUUUGUCUGUUUAUGGUGCACUUAGAGCUGAUGGAGAAAGCUUUGGAGAAAACAUCAAGAAAAAGAAUUCUAGGAUGAUUUCAGAUGUACGUCCUGGGGGUGGUUCUGGUGGAACCAUUCUUUUAUUUAUUCAUACAAUGGCACUCAGUAAUUCUUCUACCAUCUCAACUGUUGGAGGGCAUGGCAGUGCUGAUGGGGCUGGUGGUGGAGGUGGGGGAAGGGUUCACUUUCAUUGGUCAGAUGUUCCAGUUAGAGAUGAGUAUCUGCCAAUUGCGACUGCAAAUGGAAGCAUUCAGACUUGGGGAGGAUUUGGUAGAGGUCGGGGCCGUGCUGGUGGAAAUGGGACUGUUACUGGAAAGGCCUGCCCAAAAGGGCUUUAUGGUAUCUUUUGUGAGGAAUGUCCGGUUGGGACUUUCAAGAAUGUUAGUGGAUCUGAUAAAGCACUUUGUCACAAAUGCCCAUUGCAUGAGCUUCCAAGUCGUGGUAUAUAUCUUGCUGUUCGAGGUGGUGUCACUGAAAGACCUUGUCCAUACAAGUGUGUAUCUGACAGAUAUCACAUGCCAAACUGUUAUACAGCUCUUGAAGAGUUGGUAUACACUUUUGGUGGUCCAUGGUGGUUCAGUUUUAUUCUCUUGGGUCUUCUUAUCCUGUUAGCUUUAGUGCUUAGUGUUGCACGGAUGAAAUAUGUUGCUGGGGAUGAAUUACCCGCUCUUGUGCCGCCUCAACGUGAAUCUCGAAUAGAUCACUCCUUUCCAUUCCUCGAGUCACUGAAUGAGGUAUUAGAAACAAAUAGAGUUGAAGAAUCCCAGGGUCAUGUGCAUAGGAUGUAUUUUAUGGGUCCAAAUACUUUCAGCGAGCCUUGGCAUCUACCUCACUCUCCUCCUGAACAAGUGAUUGAAAUUGUAUAUGAGGAUGCAUUCAAUAGAUUUGUGGAUGAGGUUAAUCGGUUGGCUGCUUAUCAGUGGUGGGAAGGAUCUGUCUACAGCAUUCUUUCUGUUCUUGCAUGUCCUCUUGCAUGUUCCUGGCUACAGCAGUGUCGCAAAAAGAAAUUACAACAACUUCGUGAUUUUGUUCGAUCAGAAUACAAUCAUGCUUGCUUACGCUCUUGUCGCUCACGUGCUCUCUAUGAAGGGCUUAAGGUGGCUGCAACUUCUGAUCUAAUGCUCGCAUAUGUGGAUUUUUUCCUUGGCGGAGAUGAAAAGAGAGCUGAUCUCCCUCCUCGUCUUCAUCAAAGGUUUCCCAUGUCUUUAGUUUUUGGAGGAGAUGGAAGUUAUAUGGCUCCUUUCUCCCUUAACAGUGACAAUAUUCUCACCAGCCUCAUGAGCCAGUCUGUUCCUCCAACCAUUUGGUAUCGAUUAGUGGCUGGACUAAAUGCGCAAUUACGCUUGGUUCGAUGUGGACGCUUAAAGAUUACUUUUGGUCAUGUUAUUGGCUGGCUUGAAACACUUGCAAAUCCUGCUUUAAGUGCAUACAGUGUACAUGUUGAUCUUGCAUGGUUUCAACCUACGUCUUCUGGAUAUUGCCAGUUUGGGCUUGUGGUAUGUGCAACUGAGAAUGAGAGUGUUGCCCCAUCAAUUGAAGGUCAAGAUGGAUCUCUGUUACCUGGGAAACAGUCAUGUUUGCCUAGAUUGCAUAGAGAGGGUCGACUGGAGUACCAGAAAGCAAAUGAACAGAUAAUGACACACACAGGAAUUUCUGGAGGCAUUUUGCAUUCGAAGAAUUUACGAACACUAAAAUUAAGGAGGACAAUAUGUUAUCCUUUUGGUUUCAUCCUUUAUAAUUCUAAACCUGUUGGUCAUCAGGAUCUUGUUGGUCUGUUCAUCUCUAUACUUUUACUAGCAGAUAUUAGCUUAGUACUGCUAACUUUGCUACAGAUGUAUUCUAUUUCAUUGCUCAAUUUCCUAUUAGUUUUAUUUAUCCUUCCUCUUGGCAUACUGUUUCCAUUUCCAACUGGAAUCAGUGCCUUGUUUAGUCAUGGACCUAGGCGAUCAGCUGGUCUGGCACGUGUAUAUGCUCUGUGGAACAUAACAUCCUUGAUCAAUGUUGCAACUGCCUUUGUAUGUGGAUUUGUCCAUUAUAUGAUCCGCUCAAGUAAAAAGCAUUUGAGCUUUCAGUCCUGGAAUUUUAGCAUGGAUGAAAGUGAAUGGUGGAUGCUUCCUUCUGGAUUGUUGCUAUGUAAAAUUAUCCAAGCACGACUCAUCGAUUGCCACGUAGCUAACCAAGAAAUUCAAGAUCAAUCUUUAUAUAGUAAUGACCCAGAAGUGUUCUGGCAAUCAUGAAGGCAUCCACUAAAUAGGUAUAUGCCAAGCUUACUUCUUUCUAUACCAUUCUUGUAUAUUCCUUUCCUAGAAUUUGUGUGUGCUUACCCAGCUUUUGAAACCCCAAAAGACAAAAAAAAGAAGGAAAAAAUAUUUUGGUAGUCGAUUAAGUAAAGCAUAGAAGAUACUGGAAUGGAAUCCUUAUUUAUGUGGAAAAUCAUUAUUUGUGCAAUUUAUUGAAAGCGGGUUUCCCGACUUCUGAUAGAA